AGGUGUGCUGCAGACCUCACAGUGUUUUGACAAAAACUACAUCGAGAGGUUCAAUGUCAGGUGUUAGUCAAACAGCAAGUCCAGUUGAAGAGCGUGGGCCGCCUCCAGGGCAAGCACCUGUUUUAAGCUCACAUGGAUCAAUAGGAUCUAUUACAAGUGCUGUUAGUACGGGUUCCACGAGCUCAACUUCAGCUCAGGCACCGAUAUUGUCUAGUGAUGUUAACGGAUCUGAUAUUCAUCAAUUGCAGCGAAGAGAUUCUCAAGUAUCUCAAUCAAGCGCGACUAGUAAUGCACCACCUGCAAGCCGUCGUUCUGAUGAGCCACCACCAUUACCACCAUCAAGAAUUUCUUUUCAUCGUCAAGGAAGUCAAUCUCAAGCAACUCCUAGUGAAGAUACUGAAGAUACAAUGAAAAAUUUACGAAAAACUUUUGCAGGUAUAUUCGGUGAAAUGUAA